AUGGCCGACACCGUCCCGGACAACCCGUCGAACCGCGAAAUGGACGAAAAGCUGCCCUCGCCCAGCCAGGGCCGGCCCGAUCAUCUGGUGCCCCCCACCGGCGUGUGGCUCAAACUCGAUGUAAUUGUUCUCCCGGUCGUCACCCUAAUGUUCUUCCUCUCGUCCCUUGAUCGCGGCAAUAUUGGGAAUGCCAACAUCGCUGGCCUCGCCCACGAUCUCAAGAUCACACCCGCCCAGUACAGCAUAGCUUUGACUGUCACCCUCAUUCCCUAUAGCUUCUUCAACUUCGUCACCAACCUCUUGAUGAAGAUAACGGGACCGAGACGGCUGCUCCCCACGCUUGCUGUACUCUGGGGACUCACGACCCCUCCAGGCGUUGUAUCCACAUAUGGAGGUCUUCUCGCAUGCAGAUUCUUCAUCGGCACUUUUGAAGGCGGCCUUCUGCCCGGGAUCAGUCUGUACCUCGCAUCAUUCUACCCUAGGGCCAAGCUGCAGCUCAGGGCUUCCAUCCUGUUCUCCGCGACCUCCUUUGCAUCCGCGUUCUCAGGCCUGCUCGCAGCUGCCAUCAUCAAGAUGGACGGCGUGGGCGGCCGCCCCGGCUGGGCGUGGCUAUUCAUCCUGGAGGGCUGCUUCACGGUUCUAUUCGGGCUGGCGUCCUACUUCCUGCUUCCCAACUCGCCAAUCAGCGUUCCGCUGCUGACGGAGGCGGAGAAGGCCUACGUCGUACGUACCCUCCACAAGGACGGAAUCAUUCUGGUGCACGAAGAGGACAAAAGGUACACAUUUGCCGAGAUCCGACGGACGUUUACUCGCCCGCACGUCCUCCUAGUCGCCGCCGCGGCGUUUUUCAAUGGGGCCACGGUGGGAGCGCUAGGAUACUUCUUGCCACUCAUCAUCGUCGGUCUCGGAUGGUCUGGGUCCAAGGCGCAGCUCAUGUCCGUCCCGCCAUUCGCUGCAGCGGCCGCGCUAUCCGUCCUCUCCUCGUACCUCUCCGACCACUUCCGACAGCGCGGGCUGACCAUGAUCUUCUUCGCGCUCAUGGCCACCGCCGGAUUCGCCGUCUUCCUCGCGUCCUUUGACAACACCGUCCGCUACGGCUCCCUCUUCCUCGUCGUUCCCGGCGGCUUCGGCAUCGGCCCGCCGCUCGGGACGUGGGUCGCGAACAACGCGGCGCCGCUCGCACGGCGCGCGACCGCGAUCGCGUUCACGGUCACGAUGACGAACCUCGGCGCGCUGCUCGUCGUCUGGCUCUUCGGCACGCUCUCGCCCGCGCCGCGGUACGAGAGCGCGACGGCGGCGAUGCUCGCGUUCCAGCUCGCGACCGCGCUCUGCGCGGCGUGCAACCUCGGCUGGCUCGCGCGCGAGAACCGCAGGCGCGCGGGCGUGCGUGCCGAGCGCGGCGAGAAGGCGGCGAGGCGGGCGAGGACAGGGACGGGGACGGGGGGGACCUCGUGGUGCUUGGGGACGAGGACGCGCGGUUCGGUGACGGUGGACGACAAGUUCACGAGGUCCUUCUAA